AUGGCUGGGCACGACUUAAAUCUAAAUGAUGAUGAUAUGUGGGAUGACUCGGCGCUUGUCGAGUCUUGGAAUGGCGCCCUGGACGAAUACAAGAAGUACCAUAGCAUACACGUCAAUGGCGGUACAAUAAGAGAGCUAAAAGCUUUGUCGUCGGCAAGCACGGCAGAAGCGGCACCGGGCACUCAUGAUGUUGCGACGGAGGCAUCCAAAGAGGCAAAUCAUAGCAAGUCGCAGGGAGAAAUUUCAGACGGCGUCAAUUCUGAGGCCGCCAGUGCGGCUCCGGUCAUCUCACCUCAACAAGCUUUAUUGGGAACCGUACGAGACGACAAUCUCAGGAAGCUAUUAAUGUCUUGGUACUAUGCCGGAUACUACACAGGACUGCAUGAGGGGCAGCAACAACAGACACAGGCGCAGCAGCAGCCACAAUGA